CCGGUCUCUUUAAGAUGCCCGGACAAAUGGAGGUUGCGGAAAAGCCGCCCUGGUUAUACUACUACACUUCUGAGACGAGGCUGACAUGCAGUAGCGUGCUGCAUUUUGCGUGGACGAAGGACCAACAACGUCUCAAUAACCCCUGGGAAACCAGCUUCUGUAACAGAACAUGGUCGUCGUUGUUGGUCGGCGUUGUGGCUUUCGAGGGCAGUAUUGCGCCAUCCUGGGAGCUGAAUGCAAGUGGCGCCAUCUCUGAGCCGCAAGCUACGGGAGCUCUUGGGUUCGCCAGAAGCAGUCUAAGAUAAGAGAUUCGGCACAGCCCUUUGAGAUUUGGAGUUUUGCGAAACAUUGGCGUUGGUUUAAGGCUUGAAACAAUGCAAUAGAAUGGUAUGUUAGUGGGUAACAGCGCUGAGCCGUACAGUAUCCGAGUAUGCGUGCUCCUAGCAAAUGAAGCAAUAGUGCGAGAUCUGGGCUUUUGUUAACAGACGUCCCAAACACCAUGUCCAUGAUCGACGCUAAACGAAGGGAACAACGGGGAUAAGAGUUAGAUCGCUUAUGGCAGUAUCCAUGGUUCGGCCGACCUCCGCACCAGCUGAAAGAGGGCUGAGCUGCUUCUGGAAAAGAUGACCCCAGGCACGAACUGGAGACACUGGUUUUGCAGCAGUAUUGCUACAGGGGCGUCGGAAUAGCUGUCUGAGAGGCAACCGGACUUGGAUUCUUCCUCCAGCACUGAGAUUGGAGAUUGGGGGCCGUAACUUGCAAUACGGGACCUCCGCAUCGCUCGACAGGAUCUAUUCCGCUUUCAGCUCUUGGAAAUAAGGAGCUGCAGAAAACAGCCUAUCGAGCACAAUUCUGCCCAUGCAGGACAGGGCUCGUGAUCCUGCUGCAGAACACCACAACCAACAUGCAUAUUCGCUGUUUCGCUACGCGCCCCUCUGGCUUCACAGCCUCACCCUCCCUCCCAUGCAUAGUUCAUGGCCUUUGCUCUUGUCCUUGUCUCUGUCUAUAUCUACUAUCUGCAGCGGGAAAUGAGUCCGAGUGACCAAGAAGAAGAUUGCCAGGAAAACAGCAGAGUCGCAAUCAAUUAAUUA